AUGUCUAAUCAGGAGCCCGGUGGAUCAAACCUCCACCUACACUUGGAUAUCAGGCCAAUUGAAGUGAUAACCCCACAGAACGAUGUGGGGAAGGCUACCCAGAAGCUGGACACACAAGUCGGCAAAUACAAGGCAGGUGUUGCGUGGAUCGACUUGUUGAAGAUGGCGAAGCAUUUGAAGUUCGGUGUUUAUAACGACCGAGCGGAAAACAAGAUCAAACGGAACAAACUAAUCAUGUUGUUCCAGCAAUCUGGGAUCCUGUCUAUGAAAGACACAGCUGCGAUUAAAAGCGGACUCGCCCUUUCAGUUGACUUCAGCGAGCCAGAUGCACAUGGCCUGGCAGCAUUAAAGAAGUACAGCCAGAUGCUGAAAGACGAGUACGCUGUGCUGGAGAAGAAGAAAGACAAGAUCUCCGGGUUAACGAACAUGUCAGUUGAACAUGUUGCUCAAUGGGACGACUUGCGUGCACAGAUGGGUGUCCUCCUCAGGAAGAUGGACAACAUAGGGAAAUGGGGGGUGAUCGUCUAUAAUCAAAAAUCAUAUAUCAUGCCCAUGUCCAGUCCGAUAUCCAAGGGACAUAGUCAAAUUGACAAUGGCUCUGAGAUCAUGGAAGCAUUUGACGCUCAUGAAUUCUCCGGUGUCACCAACACAUCUGAUAUUCAGGACUCCGACAGCCCGCCUCCUUACGUCCAACCAGCUAUACCUCCAUGUCCCGCAGAUUCUAUUGCAGGCCAUGAUAUGAUUCAAGGUCAAUCUGACUCCCAGGGUAGUGCUACCAUCACUACGGAUAAUGCACCUGUUGCUGGAACAUCUGUAGAAGGGAAAAGUGUCUCCAACACUGAGUGGACUAACAAGGAAUAUGAUGCAUGGCUGGACAAGAUGACCGGCAAGUCCACCAUGGGCACACUCUUGACUGCUGAAUUCCUUCAAAAUGAAUUUUCAAUCUCACCAAACCAGCCAGUUUCCAUACAUGAUAUGAGGAUGCAAUGCAAGGGCCAGGCAGACCCAACCAUUAGUGGUUCAGUCAGGUCAUUUAUGGACUCCAUUAAUGAUCCCAGCAAGAUCCAGGCUAUCUGUGAUAUGCCACAAGUGCACAUUAGCAUGCCAUAUCGGAUGAGGGCACUCGAUCAUGGCCUGACUUACGAAUGGAACGAAACUACCAGGAGGGGUAUUACUGUGCCUCAUCUCUCCUCCUGCCCCAAGGCUCAGCCUUGCCACCAUUCUAUUCAGCUUUUUAGUAAUGAUUCAGUCUCGUUCGCUUUGCAACAAAGAGAGGUAUUUGAUGGUAUCUUCCUUGCUCACAAUGGCCAAGACAAUACCAGCCCUACAUGGGAGCAGACUCCCAUCUGCAACAUGCCUCUCUCGGCCUUCGAGAGGGUGUUUCGCAGGAAGGACAAAACUGGCGGUGCCAGCUCCUUGAUGUGCCACACCAACCUCUGUAUUGAUUCUCAGUUCACCUAUGCCCCUGACGACAGCAGGUUGCUAUGGGAUGCAUCCAGACAUUUCCUUGACUUUGUUCUUGUGGCAGGUGCCAUAGGCCUGGAUGCUUUGCCUUAG